AUGAAUUUAAUAACCACAAUUCUGGUGAACAAUGCAAAUCCUUCAGUUGCUUCUGUUGCAGCUCAACUAGUAAAACAACCACCAAGUCUUGUAGUGAUCACAGCUCCAACACCUCCUUCUCCGGUGGAUGCGCCACCAAUAGCGGAAGCGCCGACUCAAACACCACUUGGUCAGUCCCCAGAAUCUGCACCAGCUCCACUAGCUACUCCAGUAGUAAAAUCAUGGGAGGAUUGCAUUCCACUAUGUUAUGUUAGGUGCAAAUUACAUUUAAGGAAGGUAGAAUGCAUGACACAAUGCAUGACAUGUUGUGAUCGCUGUCAAUGUGUCCCUCCUGGAACUUAUGGUAACAGAGAAAAAUGUGGCAAGUGCUACACUGAUAUGCGAACUUUCCUCGACGAAAUCAUGUGCCCAUAGAUACACACACUUAUAUACCUAUACCUUAUGGUUCCUAGGUUUAUAUUGUAAUAUUAUUUAUGCUUAAAUUAUUAUAAGGUUUAAAAUUGCUGACUUUAUUAAAUAACUCAGUGAUCAGCAUAACAUUAUGAAAGUUAAAUGGUUUACUAACAUGAAGGUAUACUUUGUUGAUGUAUUCAGUGUGAGUUAGAAGCUCCAUAUUUAAUA